AGAACGAGAGCAGAAAAAGCAGACACCAGUAUCAGAAUACAAAAAUUGCAUUUAUGAUACUCCGGCAUCAAAAAUCUACUUAGCGAGAGCAGACAGCACUGGGCUGCCAUCAAGAUCAAACGGAUACGACUGAAAAUCUGCGGCACGUCUUAAAAUGUCCUCCAACAUUUAUGAAGAACCAAACUUGAAUACAAUUGCGACAUACAGCAAAGUGGUCCAAAAGGACGGAGAGGAGCGACUGGACAGAAUGGUGGACAUCUACGAGAGCGCAGACGCUUUCACUGACCAUCGGGUUGAUGCUUCGACACGGGAUACAGGCGUACGCACUCAAAGCCUUCCAGCUGCCCAGAGAAAUCCUUUCAGAUUUGCAACACUGAUUCUGGCUCUCCUGUGUGUCCUGCUGUUACUGGGGAUGAUUUUCGUGUUCCAGCUCUAUCUUUCAGCCGUUUUGAGAACAGACCAGGUCAUCAAGGAAGCAGAGCGGAAGGCCAGCAGAGAAUGCCACUCAGGAGACGAAGAAGGCCAGACGGAGGACGAUGCUUCAGGAUGGAAGAAAUAUCAAUGUCAUUGUUACUACACAUCAACUGAGGUGAAAACAUGGGCAGAAAGCAAGAAGGACUGUGAGAGAAGAGGAGCGGAUCUGGUGAUAAUAAACAACCAAGAGAAACAAACAUUUGUCAGUGAUCUGAACAGACGUGGAGAUUCCUGGAUCGGUCUGAAGUCUGAGGGGUUGAAAGACUGGAGCUUUCAGUGGAGCUGGGUGGAUGGAGCGACACUAACAUUUACGAACUGGAAGAAAGGAGUGAGUUUAAUUCCUGUGAAUGACACCCAAGUCUACAUUGAUCUACAAGGAAAAUGGAAUCACGCCAGCAGCGGAGCCAAACACUGGAUCUGUGAGAGGCUGAUCAAUUGAGAGUCUCAAACGCACUGUGUAACUGCCAUCUGGUGAACUUCAGUAUGAACCCUGAGCUGACUGGACCCCCCACCAACCUGCUGCCUUGUCUAUAUUGUUUCUGAUCAGCUUUCUGCAGCUUUUGCCUUGAGUUUGACUGCAGUCUGAGCGCUACAACAUUGUAUGGGGGUUGCAUCAAUUGCAUGUCUUUUCAGAGCCAUGUGCUUGUUGUUUGAGCUAGCAGCCUCGCCACAGUUGCCAGAUUCCGGCUGACUGUGUCGCUGCCCGAUGUGACUUCUGUAAAAUGAACUAGAACUGUAACACUGAGGAUGUCGACAGAGAGGACAACUUACUAUAUUAAUGAUGUGUAGGGAUGUCCGAUAUUGGCUUUUUUGCCAAUAUCCAAUAUGCCGAUAUGGUCCAACUCUCAAUGUCCGAUUCCGAUAUCAACCAAUAUCGAUAUAUGUUUGUUACUGCAGCUACACCUGUAAAUGCUGGCGAAAUCCUGGCAUUAUUUUAUCGGUUUUCAUAAUAGGCAAAAAAAAACGGUAACGAUAUGACAUUUUUAUGCCAAUAUACCUAAAGAUGUGUAUGUGUACUCAGCUCAGUGUCUACUUUUGUAAGGUACAAGGACCGAUCAAAAAGUAACAAGACUGCACCUAUAAAAAUUCAAAACCUGAUUUAAAUUUGACUGUUGAAAUAAUGGUCUGGACUUACACAGCGCCUUGAACUCAAAGUGUUUCUCAAUGUGUUUCUCAGUCAUCCAUUCAUUCACACAUUCGAACACCAGUGGUGACAGGGCUGCCUGCCAACUUCAGCUUCGGGCUCAGUGUCUUGCUCACUUCGACCGUGGAAGGGCCGGGAAUCGAACCGACAACCUUGUGAUUACAGGACAAUCUGCUCUACCACCUAAGCCACAGCUCCCCAUAGUAUAAACAGUCUUGUUGUGCAGUGAUACUCAGCUCCUGCAACACUUACAACACUCUCUGAUGGUCCUGGUCUGUUAACAUGUGUGAAUCUCCUAAACAGUGUCAAAACUGUAACAAUUAGACUUCAAUUUUGGAGCAGAGAAAGAAGUGACAGGAACGGCACCACGCCACAGGUUGUUUGAAUGUUCGCCCUCAGCAGAACUCUGUCUUGACAGUCCAAUCCUGGGGUUAUAUAGUAUAAAAUAUAUAGUAAUAUAGCAGAAAACAAUGAACAUGUUCCUGAACUUGCACCCCUUGUUCAGUUUUGGAAACUUUGGUUUGAAAGUUGGACCUUCACAGAGAAAUCGCAAACGUGCACCUACCAGUGGUCACAAAUCAUAGACACAGGUCCGAUGUCGAUAGUGUGACAUCAGGAGACAUCCCAACUCGAGCAGUCUUGUAACUUUCCGAUCAGUCGUCGUACAUUUAUUUAUACAAAUUGCUACUGAAAAACUGUAACUCCCGGAAUUCAGCUUUAUCAUAUUAUGAAUUAGGGCGGGAGUUUUUGUUUUUUGUUCAUCCAGUGUUGUUGCAGUUCACCCGUGAAGAGAUAAAUAGUGAACUUGGCCCGCUCACAGUGUGAGACCCCAGACUGCAAGAAGGCAUUGGGUGGGACUGCAAACUGCACAGUGGAUGCUUUCAUCGAGCAGCAACUCAGAUCUGGCUGUGACGAGGUGUGUUUCAUAAAUGUGAGGGAUUGACCUGGCUUUCAGAUGUCUCUCCAUCGUUAACUUUAGACUGAUUAAAGGAGGAUUCAGUUUUAUUUCAGCCUGCUGUAUUUCCAGUAAAGUGGCUUUUGUGGCUCAUGCUAACUUUGCAGUCCUCAGCCCUAUUGUGCAGAUUUGGGGAAAUGGACUCCCUGACACUUAAAUAACUUGUUUAAAUAAAUAGUUUUCAUGUUUUAUUAGAAGAAGAUACAUAAAUUAGCCGCCUGAACAGACAUGUUUUUAAAAAACUGUAUUAGCUUUAAGUGACAAUACGGAAAGAUGAGCAUCUUUUCCUCCAGUUGAUGUUGGGCUGAAACACUGUCUUCAGGAUGUUUAUCAAAGCUGCAUGUUCAUUAGUCGCAGUUUCACAGCUGGGACUCUCCCAUCAAUGGACACAUGAAGAUUUUCCCAUCAUGUCAUCAGAUCUCACUCUCAGCAGCGACCGUUCUCCUAUUCUGCCGGCAGCAGAAUAGUGACACUGUCUUUCUGCCUCCAUCCCCACAGUGCACAUCAGCCUCACACAUGUCAACAAACCGGCGUCGUGUAGAUGAACAUGGAGGUGAUUAGGUCAGACAAUCAGUAUCCAUGGAUGGAGAUCCCAUAAACAUUUAGCAAACAUGGCAAAUUUCUGUGUUUAACUUUGAAUGGAGUUUCAGAGUGACAAAAAACAUGUUCCAUAUGAUUCAUGUAGAAAUCUGCUGCAGAAACACUGGAUCUGAUUCUUUUUAUUUGUCUCUGUCCUAAUGCUUAUUUCUGUACUUCCUUUGAAAAACUAAUAAAGGUGAAUGAGAAAUAAAAAAAA